CACGAAAGCUCAAUUUAGGUCACGUGAUAUGACAUCAUCGCCAUUUCGUGUUGUUGGCAGACAGCUUCCGCUAAGACGUCGUCUGUUAGGAGUUUCCAGUGCUAAUCAUUUAGUGGACAUUCUUCAGUCGGGUGUGCAGAGAUGUGUGUGUACGCGCAGAACCAUACAAAUUUAGCAUGAGUAAUCACAAAGCAAAAUGUUUGGAUCUACCAGACAGGAUAAAUAUGGAAGACGUAGAGGCAGAAAAUCCUGAACCUGAAGAGGAUUCAGACCUAGCUAGCUAUAGCUGUGACAGACACCAAGAUGUUGAAACAGCUCCUGUGCAAACACUGCAUACAGAUGACUUGAGCAUUAGCAGGCAAGAUGAAGAGACGGAAAGUAGCUUUAUGAUGGGUCCUCAAGAGAGCAGAGACAUGAAUUCUAAUACUCUAAAACAAGAUUCUAGGAUCCAUAGUGAAAACCAGUCAUGUACAGAACAAGGAAUUGUGUCUUUAUCUACUGAGGAUGUUGCUGAGAGAUUGGUAGCUUAUCAUAAUGGCAAAGAACUGGAAUCAGUACCUGAGUCAGACAGAAGUGGUGUCACUUGUCAGUUCCCUUGUGAAGCUACAAGUGUUAAUGGUAAACCAGGACCUGAUGUUCAAAACCAAACCUUUAAUGGAGUCACUUGUAUGGACACAAAUUCUCAGCCUACAGACUUUGAUGAAAACAGUCCUUCACUGAAAAUGCAGCCAGAAGAUGAGAUGCUUGAGGCAUCCUCAUGGAGACUUAAGGAUGGGGAUUCCCUGAAAGAAGAGUUAAAUGCAUGUUAUUUGGACCAGGAUGAAUCUCCACCAGAAGAUGAACUGUUUAUCACAGAAAAUGCUUGCUCAGAUAGUCAUAGAGAGAUAAAUACAGAAGAAUCAUGGAAGACUUCUGCUUCUGAAAAAAUUGAUGAUGACAAGAAUAUGCUACCAAGUGGGGAAUCUCUUGCAGUAACUUCCACAGAAGUGGAAUCAUGCUUCCAGACUCUAGACAGCAUGGCACAAUCAUCAGAAAUAUCUGUGGAAGUGUUUGGCACAUUCAACACAUGUGGUCAAAUUGGAAACAAGGAUCAGAAUGCUGAGAAAGAUGAUGAUUUGGUUCCUGAAUGUGACAGAAAGCAAGAUUUAUCAUCCUUGUGUGCUGCCUGUGAAGGAAGUGGUACCAGGGAUGAAAGUCAAAUUUCAUCUCACACAAAGCUAAUUAUUGAAGGUAGCAGCCAUGACCACAGACAAAAUCAACAGUCAGAUUUGGACAAAGUUUAUUCGCCAGAAAUUGAUGUAGCUAUGAAUGACUAUGCAGAAGGGGAAAGUGCAGCUAGUCCCAGGAAAAUAUAUUCUAUUAGUGCUGACAGUCGGUGUCAUGGAUUGAUGCAGGAAGAACAGGAGUGCAGUGUUAAAGACCAUGCUGUAAAAUCACAGGCAUUUGCUGGUAAAAAAUGCAAGAGGCUUGUGCAUAAACUUGAGUCAGAGACUGAUUCUGAAGAAGAGCUUAUGAUAGAGCUUGAUGCAGAACUACAGCUGUCAAUGUCUCCAAGACAGAAUGAACUAGAACAGCCUUUUCCAGCUUACCUUCCACAGAAUGGGCUCAAACAGAUUGAUGUCAUGAGCAGUCAGCUGUGCGAGCAGUUCCAAACACAACUUGAACAUCUCCAAAAUAAACUGUUUCAAAAAGAACAAGACAUCAGGAGAUUACAAGAAGAGAAAACCCGUCAAAGGCAGGUUGCUCAAGAUGUUUUAGAUGAGCGGAACAAAUAUAAAGCAGAGUUGUUAGCUCUUAAGGACAAGAAUCCUGAUGAUCUCUAUCUACCACAGAUAAAGGAACUGGAGUAUACAAUUGCCCAACAGCAGACAGAAGUACGGCAGCUAAAGGAAAAGCUGACUUCUCAUGAUUCAGCAGCAAAGAAAGCUAUAGCAACUUUGCAGACUGAAAUGAAAGGAAGAAUAGACCAGAUAACAAAACUUUAUGAAGAUGCCACACGAGAAAAAGACUCCAUGGUGAUUAGAUUUGCUGAAGCAGAAACAAAAAACAUGGAGUCCAAACGUGCAGCAGAUCGGUUAGAGGCCAAGAUCAGAGAGCUUUUGAAGGAGAAAGAAUCGUUGAACAGCAAAAUCAAGGCAGCUUUCACAGAGAAACAAAAAGCACUGGCAGAACUUGAAAUAAAGGUGGGAGAGAGAAUUGCAAUUGGGAAAGAAAUGGAAAAGAUGAAAGAGGAGCUAUCCUCAGCUGACUACAGAAUAAAGUGGUUCCAGAACAAGUUGAAGGCAGAGCUUGAGGCACACAAAGAAACAAAAACCAACCUUGAAAAGACUGCAGCAAAGUUGAAGGAAGCUAAAGAGGAGACAGAGCAGAUACGUCAAGACUGUCAGGCUAUUAUUAAAACUUAUCAGGAAUCAGAGGAGGUGAGAUCAAACAGUCUUGACAAGGAGCUGAAGAUGAAGGAAAUGGAACUCAUGAUACAGAUGAAACAAAAGACUGACACUGAGGAGAUUCAACAAAAAACUAAGAGAGAACUGGAGACUAUGAAAAUGCAGUAUAAAGAUGCCUUGGAAGAACUGAAGACAUUGAAAGAUAAGGUACAGUGCCUGGAGGAGGAGCGACUUCAGGGGGAGCAGCUACAAAGCAAGUACCAGACCAUUAUCCAGAAUCAGAAAGGGGAUAAUGCCGACCUGCAGAAGAAAGUGACAGGGUUUCUCACUUUGCACGAAGACUUUGAUAGGGCUCAGGAGAUGAUCCGAACUCUGGACCAUGAAAUUGGAGAGCUGAAAAUAAGUAAUCGUGAUCUCCAGAAGGACUUGGAGGGCUGUCAGGCCCGAGAAUCUAAGAUGCUGGCUCUCCAGUCUGAGCUGAGUCGUACCAAUGCCCUCCUUCGUUCAGAAAAUACCAUCUUCAACAACCAGAUUGUUACUUUGUCUGGAGACGUGCAAAAGAUGAAGAUGGAAAUUCAGGAUUUGGAGACUAGGUGUAGAGAUGCAAUUGAGAAUUUAGAAGAAGAAAAGAAGAAGCGAAAAGAAGAAACAACAUCACUUGCUGCGCAGCUUGCAGAAAAGACAAAAGAAUGUGAGGAAUAUAAGCAAAAAUGGGAAGAUGAAAUAGACUCAAACAAGACAUUAAAGCGGAAACACAUGAACAAUAUCAAGGAUUUGACAAGGCAGCUUCACAGUGCUCGAAAGCGCCUAGAGGCAUACGAGACAGGGAGUGGAGAACGUGACAACUUGAGCAUGGGAUCUCGUACCAAUUCAAAUGGUUCUCUCAACUCAACAGACAAUAGCACUCAUUUUGCUACCAACCAGUCUAACCACCAUCAUGGUGCCUGCACAACCACCAGUCAGGACCUGCUCCAUCUCUACCCUGUGAUCACAGAGCAGGUGGAGGUGGACAGACAACUGCUGAUCGAACGUAUAGUACGACUACAGAAAAGUCUAGCUCGUAAAAAUGAGAAGCUAGAGUUUCUUGAGGAGCAUAUUCAGCAGCUGGUGGCAGAGAUCAAAAGAAAAAACAAAAUAAUUCAGGGAUAUGUGUUACGGGAGGAGGCUGGCACACUGGCCUCAGAAGACAUGGAUGCCAACAAGCUUGCUGUUCGGAAAGAGGUUCAGGCUUUAUUAGCACGCAAGGGAGGUAUCAUGGCUUCUUUGUAUAGCAUGCAUCAGCAAGAUGGGACUAUGACCCUUGACCUCUCACUAGAGAUUAACAAGAAACUUCAGGCUGUCCUAGAGGACACCCUUCUCAAGAACAUGACACUUAAAGAAAAUUUGGAUACUUUAGGAACAGAAAUUGCACGUCUCUCACAGGAGAACAGACGACUACAAUUGCACCUUCAAGGGCUUUCUGAUCAUGGAUGAAAUCAGGCAUCCUGCACCACUCUCACCCUACAUUCCAUGCAGUGACCACUGUUCAGGGGCAGCUGUAUCCUAAGAGCAAAGCUCUUGGAUCUCAAGAUGUGGCUGUUUCUAGAUCACUGUUUCAUUCUAUGGCUGUGAUAUGUAUUGCUGUGAAAAUCCUUUUGUGUACAUAUUUGCAUGUUUGAUGGCGGUUUCAGUCAUGUUUUGUUUCAUGGAGUGUGCAAUAUUCUUUUGUUCAGGCAGGAUGAAUUUGCUGUAUUAUUAAAGGCUUCCUUCAUGGAUUAUAAUGUACACUUUGGCAGAGUUUUAUCAUUUUGAAGUUAAGCUAAAUUGAUUAAAAAAUGACUUUUAAAAUUAUAUUGAGUUGACAAAUUUUUUCAAUAUUGAUAAUGUGCAUGCUACAAGAUUUAAAUAAUGCGCUUGAUUUAUAAGGACUGGGGAUUUCAUUUUGUCCUAGGACCUUUAGGAAACUUUCUAACAAGAAAAAAAUAAAGUCUCUAAGCUCUUGUGCAAGAAUGCUCAGAGAAUCACUCGUGUGAAGUGCAUGUUACCUGUAUGUUGAUAUCAACAACAUGCAGUUAUUUCGUGGCAAUUUACACCUCAUUCUUUUUUGAAUAGCAGCAUGCCAACUUAAAGCCGUGUCCUUUUUUUUUUUUUUUACUUUAGGUUAGGAUAUGCUGGAUGACAAAGGUCCUAACAGUUACAUUAUCCCUGAAAAAUAUUUGUAAGGGUACAUUCACCAAAGAUUAGCCUUUUUUUUUUUUUUCAAUAUGGAAUGGCAGGGUGUAUGCAAAGGAGGAAGUUUUUGUUUUGGCAGUGGAAAAGGUAGGGGCAGAAAAGUCAGCUAGGGGAAAAGAACAGUAUUAUUUUGCCUCAGAUCUUCCAGUUGCAAGCUUUGGGAUUUACGAACAUCAAUGCAAGAUGUAUGCAUGAGUAACUUUUUCAGCCCUGGACUUGUCAGAAAACAUAUUCAUUUUGUUUUUUUAUACUGUUUAAACAAUAUUUGCACAUAAAAAAACACAACUUGUUUUCACAAAUAAGCCUUAUACUGUACCAUGCUGGUGGCAGUACUUGACAGAAUGUGAGGAGGGUCACUACAGAGACCAUACAUUCAUUUAAGGUAAAGUAAGGUCAUGUGGCAGCUAAACCCAGUUAGUGUUAAGUAACUGAAGCAUUCUAUACCAUAGCUAAGCCAUUCUAGUGGAUUAAAGAUACCUGAUGGCACCAGAUCAUGCAAUAAGAUUUUUAAAAAAAAAAUUAAAGAAAAAGUCUCAUAUAAGCUUAGAAUCCUCAGGAGCAUUAUUCAUGAUAACUUUCUUGACAAAGAUCUUGGCUGUUGCUGUUAAUUUAUUUAGUGCUCUGCUGUCUCAAAACUCUGCAUGUGAUGUAAUUUUUGACAAGUGAUAUGUACUUAGCAACCAGAUUGCAUUGUGUCAUAUUCUUUGUAACCCUCCAGUUAAAUGUCCAGGGAUGGUAAUAAGGCUAAACACACAGCUUGGAACUCAGGCAAGGCAGCUGUGUAACGGUUGCUCCUGCCAUGUCUGGAGGCAGCAACUGUAUGGAAGCUUCAUUCGACACUUAGCAAAUAAGGCUUAGAAAGAUGAAAUCAAACUUGGUAUAUAUGUUGGAUGUUCACCAAACCAACAAUGUGGUCACGAUGCUAGCAUAAGGUGAUGGACCCAUAGCAAACAAGUAUCUUCAGUGCUCAGCGUUCUGUGUUGACAGGGAGAGAUGAUGCUCCUUUAUAUUAAUGAUACUGUUGUUGGUAUGAAGCAGAAGACAAAUGUAUUAAGUAAUCUCUGUAAAGAGAUAAAGCUGGAAUGAAAGACCUCUUGUAUUGGUAGUGUAUUAUGGGUUAUUAAUAUUAAAAGAGCUGGACAUCACCUGUUGUUGCAGAUAAUGUGAAUAUUUCUUGUGCCCAUGUGUACAGCAUAUAGAAAAAUAAUUGUAGCCAGUAGGCCUCAAACUCACACUUGUUGGACAAUAUAAGUAAGAAUAUUUGCUGAACCUCGAACUGUCACUAACUUAUGCCCUGGUUAUUAAGUUUCACUGCGGAGACUUUCCUAUAGAUUUGAUUUUAUAUGUAUGCAUGAAAGGUGCUAGUGAUGACAUUGUGCAAUCAGUAAAUCUGGAUAUUUGUAUUCAAGUGUUAUGUAGUUGUUUGUAUGGCCUGUGUUCAGUAUUUUACUAAAAUAUAUAGGCAUGUUUGUAACUAAUUAUCCAUAUGUUUAAAUCCACCCAUGUUAAAAUCAGCCAUAAAAGCAAUUCUUAAUUUCAAGAAAAUCACCUAUCACCACUUCAGCUUUAAUUUUCUUGGCUACAUUAAGAAAUGUCUGCGAGCAAUGAAUUGUCAAGAAAUUGUAGUGGCUUGGGAUUUUUAUAUAAAUCCACUAUUUUGUGUGGGGCUUUCCGUGUGAUAUGAGAUAAGGGCUGCGAAAAAAAUUGUUUUUCAAGUUCUUACAGUAACCAUCCUGGCUAUAUUUUGUUUUACUAGCUAAUGGGUCUUGCUUCAAGCCAUGUUUCCUACACACUUCGUAAGUGGGAUUCAUCUUUCUGGAUAUUAAAGAUCCAGUCUUGUGAAUUGAGUGCUGAAAAUUCAGCAUAUUUUUGCAAUUAAGUGUAUUGUCAGAUAGAAUGUGAUGCAAAUCCUCAAAACAACUUGCCAUCUUCAAACUGUAGCUUUCAGCAUCCGCUUACCAAACCUGGUGUGGUCUGAACCAAUGUUGAAUAUUGCAAACUGGUGUAUAGUCUGAUUUGGGGGGUGGAUUUGUAUGUGUGUGCAUGCAUGUGCACUUGUAUGUCAGUGCACACAUGUAUUAAGGAGAGUUGAUUCUGCCACCUUGUGAUGUGUUCAGCAUGAAGAUUUAAGCUCCAACAACAAUUGUAGAUCUUUCAUGGCAGUCAAGAAGUCUUGGUUGGCUAUAAAUUUUGUUUUAAGGCUUAGUCAUUCGUAAUAAGCAAAGAGUUUGAAAAGACAAGCCAUAAGUGGAGAUCAACUGUUGUAUAUAUAAAAUAAAUUGCAAUGUAUGAUGAACAGUGUGAUUUCACAAGUUGUGAUAUGUUCCAUGUUAACAAUUUUGCACAAAAGGCAUUCUAAAGGUGAAAUAAAUUUGGGAGAAGAUGCAUAGAUUUUUUUUCUUUUAAGUUACAUUUUAUUGAAUAUUGGGAGAGGGGUGUAGGAGAAUGAGGCUGUUGUUUCACUAGAAAUUUUCAACACAAUUAUUUUUAGCUGUGUAGUUCAUAUUUUCAUGGUGGAAAUUUAUACUUAUAAUUUAUACUUAUUCAUGACGUGUACUCUUGCAGUGUUCACCUAUUUCCUAAUAAUGUAAACAUGGACAAUAACACAUUGCUUUGGUUGUCUGGGAUUUUGUUUUCAGAAUGUAGUUAACUGUUCAAGAGGAAAUCGCAUAAGAAGACAACUGAGAUUCAGCCUAAUACUCGUUUUUACAUCUUGGUCUCUUGUAAGACACACAAGUCCAACUGAGUGAAGAACUCUGUGUGUCUAGGAGAUUCAAAGGAGGACAGAUCUACAGUGAACAGGCGUAUUUAACAUAAUUUUAAGUUGUAGUUGGGGUUAUUCUUUUAUUUUAAAUGUUGCUAACAUCAUUGUCUUCGUAAUCAGAAUAUAUGCACUACUGAACGAUACUUGCUUAAGUAUGUUUGACCAGUGAAAAUACAGCUGAAAUGAAUAUUAAAAUGGUUUUGUGUCAUGA